AUGGGUCAACCGCUUGGCUAUCCAGGAAUCGUCAACAUCGUCACUCUCGUCGUCUUCUUCAUCUACCUCGUAAUAUCGCUCUACCUUAUUCUACGCCAAGGCCUGGGGCGGAGCUGGCCAUGGAUCUGGCUGGCGACGCUAUGUGUUUGCCGGCUUGUGCAGGUCUCCAUGGAUUUGGCGACGACACAGCUCACCCCCAUCGAACAAGUUCCUAACACAUCCGUCUCGUCCGGUGUCGCCAUUCUGACCUCUAUGGGUCUCACGCCACUGUUCAUGUCAACCAGCAGUCUACUCAACACGACGACCAAACCGAAAGGACGACGCAUGCAAUGGAUCUUACUAUUCGUGCAUAUUCCUUUAAUCAUUUCCUUCAUCCUCAUAGUCGCUGGCGGCAUUGAUCCAGACUCCCGCGAAGGUCCGACCUACGCAGCAACCGAAGCAACCAAAGCUGGCAUCAGUCUUUACAUCGCCUGUUUCUUAAUUCUUAUAUGGGCUACAGCAGUCAUCUCUGCUCGUCUUUAUCUCGCGGACUCUCAGGAAGUCAAGAUUUUGACCACCGUUGUGCUCAGUCUGCCAUUCUUCGUUGUCGAUAUCGUUUAUAUGACAUGCUUCGCAUUCGAGAGCUGGGUCGACAAAACUUCCGAGAUGCGGUUCAACGUUAUUUCCGGCAAUGUUACGAUCCAGUUGUGCAUGUACGUACCUGCUCCAUCAGCGCCUCCUCGUCCACCUUGCAUCUGGUCGGGAUGCUGGGACUCGACAUUCUCCCGGCAACAUCAGCUCCUGCUGUUUGGUACUCUGCGAGCCUGUCCUACUCACGUCUCGAUAAUUUAA